AUGCCCCACCAAACGUCUAUACUCAGAGCCAGCUCAUCAGCAUCCAACCCCGCGUCCCGGCUCUCUAUUAUAUCAGGACAUCUUACUGGAGCCCAACCUUCUUCCAACACCUCCAACAACCUUUCUACAUCGCCCACACAGAGCCGCAACAUCUCGUCGUCGCCGUCCUUCAACAUGUCUUCUCAGCCAGAGCACCCCACCCUGCUCAUCCCGGGCCCUAUAGAGUUCGAUGAUGCUGUCUUGCAGUCUAUGAGCCACUACAGCGAAUCGCAUGUCGGCCCCGGAUUCGUUGCCACCUUUGGCGAGACUCUGUCGAUGCUUCGCAAGCUCUUCCAGACCACGGCUUCCGAUUCGCAACCCUUCGUAAUCUCCGGCUCGGGUACACUGGGCUGGGAUAUAGUAGCAGCGAACCUUGUUGAGCCCGGCGAGAAUGUCUUGGUUCUCAGCACUGGUUACUUUAGCGACGCCUUUGCCGACUGCUUGAAGGUCUAUGGUGCGAGUGUUGAUACUCUGAAAGCUUCGGUCGGUUCCCGACCCCAACUGCCAGAGAUCGAGAAGGCAUUGAAGAGCAAGAAGUACAAGAUGGUCACGGUAACGCACGUCGACACGUCGACGGGUGUGCUCAGCGAGCUCCAGAAGCUCUCCGAGAUGGUCAAGAGCGUCUCGCCAGACACACUGCUCAUCGUGGAUGGUGUGUGCAGUGUCGCAAGUGAGAACAUCGAGUUCGAUGCGUGGGAGCUGGACGGUGUGGUAACCGCGAGCCAGAAGGCCAUCGGUUGCCCGGCAGGCUUGUCCAUAUCCAUGUUUAGCGGAAAGGCCAUGGAUGCCUUCAGGGCGCGAAAGAGCCCACCUGCCACUUACUUUGCUUCCAUGAAGAACUGGACGGCUAUUAUGCAAAACUACGAGGCCAAGAAACCAUCCUACUUCGCAACGCCCUCACCGCAACUGAUCCACGCUUUGCACACGGCGCUCUCCCAGAUCCUUGCCAAGCCCCUUUCCGAGCGGUUUGCAAAGCACAGAGAAUUUUCGGAUAAGGUCAAGAAGGCCGUGACCGAGUUGGGCCUCAAGCAGGUUGCCAGCAAUCCGGAUGACCAAGCCCACGGCAUGACGGCUAUGUACCUGCCUGAUAGUGUCAAGGCAACGGACCUGCUGCCAAAGCUCUUCAAGAGCGGAGUUAUCUUUGCUGGCGGUAUCCACAGGGAGAUCGCCGCCAAAUAUGUGCGGUUUGGACAUAUGGGUGUCAGUGUGACCGAUCCCGCCCGCAGCGAUGUCGACAAGGCGAUAAACGCCUUGAAGAACGGCCUCUCGGAUUGCGGAUACCAGAAAGCAUGA